ACAUGGCUCGCCUCCACCUCUCAGAAAGCCUUUUUUUUGGGGAUUUGGUAACGUCGAGUCAGUUCCCCGUCUCUCUCUCUCUAGACUCUAGACUCUAGAGAGAGAAACUCAGCACCAAAAGUUCCCCCAGAAGCAGUAGAGUUAGACUAGUGUUUUUCCUCAAACCAAGACAAAAACAAAACAGCAACCUGAUUUGUAACCGAAGCAGAAGAGAGAGAGAAGAUAAUAAUCACACACACAGUCUGUUACAUUACACAGAGAAAAAGAAAAAGAGAAAAAAAAAACGUGUACUGCUAAUUAUGAUUGCUUGCAUAACCGUCCUGUUUGGUUAGCUUUUCUCUCCUGGGCCGUGUCCUGUGAUCGGUAAAUGGGGUAGCACCAUUCUUUACACUCUUCUCCAUCCUUUUCUUCUUCUUCUCUCUUCUUUCCUUCAAUGACGCAUCCCAAAGGUUUGGAGGGGGAGAAUCUGUAUCAGGAGCUGUGGAAGGCAUGCGCCGGCCCGCUGGUGGAAGUUCCUGUCAAUGGAGAACGGGUUUUCUACUUCCCUCAGGGUCAUAUGGAACAAUUGGAGGAAUCGACGAAUCAGGAGCUGAAUCAUCAAAUCCCCCAUUUUGAUCUCCCUCCCAAGAUCCUCUGUCGCGUUGUCAACACUCGUUUGCUGGCAGAGAAAGAAACAGACGAGGUUUACGCGCAGAUUACUUUAUACCCGGAAGCUGAUCAAAGUGAGCCGCAAAGCCCUGAUCCAGAGCCACCUGAGCGUACAAGGCAAAGUGUUCAUUCAUUUUGUAAGAUUUUGACAGCUUCGGAUACCAGCACUCAUGGAGGCUUCUCUGUUCUUAGAAAACAUGCCACUGAAUGCCUUCCUCCCCUUGAUAUGAGCCAAUCCACCCCAACCCAGGAGUUGGCUGCCAAGGAUCUUCAUGGGUAUGAGUGGAAGUUUAAGCAUAUUUUCAGAGGUCAACCGCGGAGGCAUUUGCUGACCACCGGGUGGAGUACGUUCGUUACGUCGAAACGGCUCGUUGCUGGGGAUGCUUUUGUUUUCUUAAGGGGUGGCAAUGGGGAACUGAGGGUAGGGGUUCGGCGACAGGCUCGGCAGCAGUGCGUGAUGCCUUCCUCUGUCAUAUCUAGCCAUAGUAUGCAUCUUGGAGUUCUUGCCACUGCUUCUCAUGCUGUUCGUACGCAGACCUAUUUCGUCGUCUAUUAUAAGCCAAGAACUAGCCAAUUCAUCAUCAGCUUAAACAAAUACUUGGAAACAGUUAUAAAUGGAUUCUGUGUGGGGAUGCGCUUUAAGAUGAGAUUUGAGGGAGAGGACUCCCCAGACAGAAGGUUCACUGGAACCAUUGUUGGGGUUGGGGAUAUUUCUCCGCAAUGGUCGGAUUCUAAAUGGCGAUCGCUGAAGAUUCAAUGGGAUGAAGCUGCUACAAUCCUUAGGCCAGAACGAGUUUCUCCAUGGGAGAUCGAACCCUUUGUACCUUCUGCCUCCUUGAACUUCACUCAUCCCAUCACGAAGAGUAAAAGGGCACGCCCCGUUGAGAUUCCUCCUCCUGAAAUGACUUCCAGUUUGGCUCCUUCGGGCUUUUGGCUUCACGGAUCGACAGUUCCUCAGGUAAGUGGCGGAAAUGAAGUAGUCCAAAGCGGUGAUAACCAGGCUGCGUGGGCUGUCGGGCAGCAAAAACUCAAUAGCAAUGUCGAUACUAAUAGCAGCAGCCACUGUAAUUCAUUGGCACUCGUAGAAGGCAUCUGGCCUUCUCCUCCUCCACACCUUAAUAUUUCCCUGAAGCUCUGCCCAGAUUCAACGUGUGAAAGAGAACUUGCUCCAAAACACCCUCUUCCCUCGCCUUAUUCUCCCUCCGUUACUUCAAAGCCGAGCACCAACCUUAUUCAGCACGAUCAAGUCGAGAAAGCGAAUAAACCCGACACGUCUCUCGGCUGCCGGAUAUUUGGAAUUGAUCUGAAAAACAACUCCAGCAUCCUCUCAUCAUCUAUGGAGACAAAACCAUGUUCCCCAAAUACGGUGUCUCAAGCUGAUGCUGAACAAGUCUCACAGCCUUCAAAGGAGCAGCAGCAAGUCAUGACAUCGGAGCCAUUGACGAAGGGAAUGCAGACGAAGCACGCUUCCAAUCUAUCAUCGAGAACUCGUACAAAGGUACAAAUGGAAGGAGCUGCGGUAGGUCGAGCUGUAGACUUAACGACGCUCGAAGGAUACGAUGACCUCAUAAACGAGCUGGAGAACGUAUUCGAAAUAAAAGGCGAACUUCGGGAAGUCAACAAAUGGGCAGUCGUUUUCACAGACGACGAAAAUGACAUGAUGCUCGUGGGGGACGAUCCGUGGCCGGAGUUCUGCAAGAUGGUGAAGAGGAUCUUCAUAUAUUCAAGUGAAGAGGUGAAGAAGAUGAGUAGUAAAAGCAAGCUUGUUUCUCCAUCAUCCUUAGACCACCAAAUCACUAAUAGUUUGGAUUCAGAGCGCAAGACUGAAUCCUGAUAUCAUUAUUACUACUAUUAUUACUAUUAUUAUUUUGCUGUUUCAA